GCUCCUCGCGCUCCUCCCCAAUCCAAGCUUCCAGAGCCCACGCACGCGGCGGAGACGCCGGCCGCCGGGAGAGCGCGCACGGGCCGCGCCGGGACCGGACGGACGGGAGCAUGGCGGAGCCGCGGAGGGUCUCGUUCCGCGACGGCCGCCUCGCGUCGAGGAAGGCGGAGGAGGCUGCAUGGAGACGGCACCAGGCCGCAGCCUGGCUCGACACCAUGGUUGGGCCCUGCGGCAUAUCCCCUUGCCCGUCCGAGCAGGAAUUCGUCGCUGCUCUAAGGAACGGCAUUGUGCUGUGCAAGGCCAUCAACAAAAUACAGCCUGGUGCCGUGCCGAAGGUUGUCGCGUUUGCACCCUGCGAUAGCCACCCGUCCACGGCUUUUCAGUACUUUGAGAACAUCCGCAACUUCUUGGUCGCUGUUCAGGAGCUAAAGUUGCCGUGUUUCGAGGCUUCUGAUUUGGAAAAGGAAAACGUUGAUGCUGGAUCAGUGGGCAAGAUUGUCGAUUGUGUCAAUUCGCUCAAGUCUUACCACGAGCGUAAGCAAUGCGGUGGAGCCAAUGGGUCAUUCAAGUUCAUGAAAUCGCCUCUUGUACCGCGUUCUGCAGUUCACGUUCAGUCUGAAAAUCUUGCUUUGGGAUCCUCAACCCCCCAAAAGCGUCUAGACAUGACAGUGACUGAUUCUGAGGGACACUCUUCUCAAAGUGGGGUUUCUAACAUGGAAGAGGCAAUUGAAAAACUUCAGAGGAUUAUUCUUGAUUGCAUGAUAAGCUGCAAGGAAAAUUUGGACCAAGAUGUUCUCAGAAAGGAUCCAGUUACACUAGUUGGCAAUAUUUUAUCAAAUCAGCUGGAAAAAGAACAGUUCAAACCACUUCUUCAACUUUUCUCUCCAGAAGGGUCUGCAAUUGAAAAUGAAUCAACUCAGCAUAUCGAGUGUUCAAAAUCGCAGAUUGAGAAUAGAAUGCGCAUCAUAGAAGCACAGGAAUCUGAACUUUUGGAGCUCAAGAAAAUGUUUCAUGAGGUCAAAGUUGAUUUCAGGUCUUUGCAGAGCCAAUUUCGUGAGGAUAUCACUGAAUUAGGUCAUAAUAUUGAAGGGAUUUCCAAAGCUGUUCAUGGUUAUAACAAAGCUUUGAAAGAAAACAGAAACUUGUAUAACAUGCUUCAAGAAAUGCGAGGAAAUAUCCGAGUCUUCUGCCGGAUACGACCACUCAACUCAGAGUCUAUUUCUUCAAUUGAAUAUAUUGGAAAUGAUGGUUCAAUAAUGGUUUGUGAUCCAUCUAAGGCACGAACUACACGUAAGAUCUUCCAGUUCAACAAAACUUUUGGGCCAACUACCACCCAAGAUGAGGUUUACAUGGAGACACAAUCAUUAAUUAGAUCUGUCAUGGAUGGUUAUAAUGUGUGCAUAUUUGCCUACGGCCAGACAGGUUCUGGCAAAACUCACACAAUGUGUGGCCCGUCUGGUGGGUUAUCGUCCAAUGAUCUUGGAGUUAAUAACAUGGCAUUGAACGAUCUCUUCACUAUAUCAACUUCUAGGGAAGAUAUGAAGUAUGAUAUACGGGUGCAGAUGGUUGAAAUAUACAAUGAGCAAGUUCGUGAUCUCCUAAGCGAAGAUACUUCAAGCAUGAAAUUAGAUAUAAGGACUUCAACCAAUGGUCUGUUCAACAUCCCAGAUGCAAAGAUGUGCCCAGUUCAGUCCCCUUCUGAUGUUAUGAAUUUGAUGCUGUUGGGGGAUAAACACCGUGCUUCUGGACCAACAGCAAUGAACAAUAGAAGCAGUAGAUCUCAUAGUAUCUUGACUGUCCAUGUAAAUGGGAAGGACAUAUCAGGCAAUGUGAGCUGUAGUUGUCUGCAUUUGGUAGAUCUUGCAGGAAGUGAGAGGGUUGACAGAUCAGAAGCCACAGGGGACAGACUGAAGGAGGCUCAGCAUAUUAACAAAUCACUUUCUUGCCUAGGAGAUGUCAUCACUGCCUUAGCACACAAGAAUUCUCACAUUCCUUACAGAAAUAGCAAACUUACCCAAUUGCUACAGAGUUCAUUAGGGGGAAAUGCAAAGACAUUAAUGUUAGCCCACAUAAGUCCAGAGGGAGAAUCUUAUGUAGAAACUCUUAGCACACUGAAAUUUGCUCAAAGGGUUUCUACUGUUGAACUUGGAACUGCUCACGCUAACAAAGAAAGCAAUGAUAUAAGAGAGCUGAAAGAGCAGGUGGACACUCUCAAAAAGGCAUUGGCAACCAAAGACUUGGAAAAAUCUUCACUUAAGCUGAAAGAAAAUACAGUAACGAGUGAACGGACAAAGAAACUCCCGGAGCGUACCCCACCAAGGCCACGUAGGUUAAGCCUAGAGAACGCUAGUAGUGGCAAAGGUAGCAUACCAGGAACGGCACCAAAACCACCUAUUUCAGUUAUGAAGUUCAACAGAGAUCACAUGACAACUAAUGACAAGGAAUGCAGUAUUGAUGGCUUCAGUCACACAAAGCACCACAGAUCCGUAGUACAGGUGUCUCCAAAAUUAUCUGAACAGCCGGUCAGACAGGAGACUGAGAAGUUUGUCCCAACAGAUGAUGUGGUUACCUUUUAUCAACUACCCCCUGAUGCUUAUAAUCAAUACAAGCAGUCAGGUUUGGAUACUCCCCAGAGAACACCAUGCAGAUCAAGGUACAUGGGUGUCCAAGUGAGUCAGACGGAUGAGUCUUCUGAGGCUAAAUUGGAUAAAACAACCGCAACCAAUGUGACGAAGAAAGGGUCACAUUUAAGAAGGUCCAUCCAGAGCAGCAUAGGGAAAUUGAUUCACGGCUCUGAAAGAAGGAAUACUCCACAUUCAACGCAUGCAACUCCUGCCAAAAUCAAUACUAAUACAAACUAUGAUGGCCCAUCACCAAUUGCUACUGACGCAAGGUUAAGGAGAAGACAGUCUUCAACAGGUCUUCCCCCGCCAUCACGCAGAUCGUCUCUAGGAGAUAAGUCGGAUUCGAGGGUACAAAAUAGCCAAAGCAUUGCCUGUGCUUCUAGCCAAUACAAGCCACUGCCAUUCUCCUGGGUUCGACGGCCUGAACAACAUCAAUGUUCAAAUGACAAAAGAGCAAAAACACCACCUCCGAUGAAUUCAGCAGCAAAGGCGAAGAGGUGGCUGUGAAUCUGAAGCAAAGUCGUUAGGGAUUUCCAUGCCAAGCGGCAUACAAGUCUGCCAUAGCUGACCAGUCAGAGUUCAGAGUUAGCUUCUCUCAAGCCUCAGUAUUGCUCAGGAAAGAAUACCAGGAGAGGGUUCGCAAAGUUCAGAGAGCCCCCCAACAGGUUUAGGUUAGGGUUACAUUCCUUGUAACAAGUGGAGUUUGGAAAUGGGAAAAUGGGGCAUGUAAAGAAUGCUUGUUUGGUGGUUGUAUUCUGAAUUUCUUUAUGUGUUGUAGGAUUCCAUAGUGCACAAGCAAUGAAAAUGAUUCAAAUUAA